UUCCACUCCGAAAAAUGCCAUCAAUUCGAGAAACACUGCAAGCUAUGAAGGUGAAAACAGCAGACAUUUUUCCAGAAAUGAUGCGGAAGCAAUUAUGGGAAUGUGAUCCGAACAAUAAAACGGCACCAACAGUUCUCACCAACUAUUUAGAUACUCAAUACUUUGGGGAAAUCAGUAUCGGUUCUCCUCCUCAGAUAUUUAAGGUUGUAUUUGAUACGGGAUCUGCCAACCUGUGGGUACCAUCUCAUCAUUGCUCUCCACUUUACAGUGCCUGUGUGUCCCAUAAUCGUUAUGACUCAUCUAAAUCUUACACCUACAUUGAGAAUGGAACAAGCUUUUCAAUACAGUAUGAAUCGGGAAGAGUCAGGGGGUUCCUGAGCCAGGAUGUUGUAGUUGUUGCUGGCAUUCCUGUUACUCAGGUUUUUGCUGAGGCCACAGCUCUCCCUGCAUUUCCAUUUAUCUUUGCUCGUUUUGAUGGUGUUCUAGGAAUGGGAUUUCCAAGCCAGGCAAUUGAUGAUAUCACACCAGUCUUUGACCAGAUUCUGUCAGAGAAAGUUUUGCAAGAAGAGGUUUUCUCAGUAUAUUACAGUAGAGAUACUCAAUCAAGACCGGGAGGUGAGAUUAUCUUUGGUGGCUCAGAUCCUUCAUACUACUCCGGUAAAUUCCAUUACUUCAGUCUGAAGAAGCAAGGAUUUUGGCAUAUCCAGAUGAAGGGGGUAUCAGCUGGUGCAGAGGUUCUGUUCUGCAAAGAAGAGUGCACAGUAGCUAUAGACACAGGAGCAGCUUACAUCACUGGGCCAGCUGGCUCAGUAUCUGUCCUCAUGAAAGCAAUUGGGGCCACGCAGCUCCCUGAAGGAGAGUACUCUGUAGAUUGUGAUACAAUUUCUCAGCUUCCUGAUAUCACCUUUCAUUUUGGAGAGGAAGAGUACCCUCUGAAAGGGUCAACAUAUGUCUUACGGCAAUCACAUUUUGGGGAAGAAAUGUGCUACAUUGCAAUCACUGGUCUGGACAUUCCUCCUCCCACAGGACCUAUGUGGAUUCUGGGAGCUACAUUCAUAGGACAGUACUACACUGAAUUUGACAGACAUAAUAACCGCAUUGGAUUUGCUAUAUCCCUCUGAGUAAAAUCUAAGAGCAGCAUGCUAAGGCCAUUUACACAGUUUAAAGUUCAACUUCAGUUUUGUUGAGAAAAAAAAAAACAUUC